AUGGCACCAAUUCUCAUGGCCAGCCGCUCGGGCGGCGCAUUGGCACAAGUCCUGCGACGACGCACCGCCGGCCCCGGAGCAUCACGACUUAUGGCCAUCACCGCCUCCUCCGCCCGCAGACACCUCUCCACGGCCCAAUCGCUGCCUCCGACCUAUGAGAAGCUCUUCAACAAGUACACCGAAGUCCGACGGGUCCUCGGAAAGCAGCGCCUGACCCUCGCCGAGAAGAUCCUCUACAGCCACCUGCACAACGUUGAGGAGUCGCUGCUCAACAACACCGACAAUGGCCGCAGUAUCCGGGGCAAGGCCAACCUGCGCCUCAACCCCGAUCGUGUCAACAUGCAGGACGCUUCCGCCCAGAUGGCUCUGCUUCAAUUCAUGUCCUGCAACCUGGCCCGCCCUGCUAUCCCCGCUAGCAUCCACUGCGACCAUCUGAUUGUUGGAUACAAGGGUGCCGAAGGUGACCUGGAAGCUGGUAUCCAGACCAACAAGGAGGUUUUCGAAUUCCUCGAGUCUGCCGCCCGAAAGUACGGAAUGGAUUUUUGGCCUCCUGGAGCUGGUAUCAUCCACCAGACUGUCUUAGAAAACUACGCCUUGCCCGGUCUGAUGAUGCUUGGAACCGAUAGUCACAGUCCCAACGCCGGUGGCCUCACCACUAUCACCAUCGGUGUCGGAGGUGCUGACGCAGUCGAGGCCCUUGUCGGUGCUCCCUGGGAACUCAAGGCUCCCAAGAUCCUUGGUGUUGAGUUGACUGGCAAGCUGAAUGACUGGGUGUCUCCCAAGGACGUUAUUCUUCGAUUAGCGGGCGAAUUGACUGUUCGCGGUGGAACCGGAUCUAUUAUCGAGUACUUUGGUCCUGGUGUUGAGACCCUAAGUUUGACUGGCAAAUCGACUAUCUGCAAUAUGGGGCAAGUUUUCCUAAUCGUCCAUGGACGAGAAUCUCACUACGAUCAUCUUGCCGAAGUAGGAGCAACCACCUCCAUUUUCCCCUACACAGAGUCGUCUGCUCGAUACCUGGAAGCCACCAGCCGAAGUCAAGCAGUUCGCAAUAUUGAAACCCUGCAGAAAUUCCCCGGCAGCGGCGCUGACAAGGACGCCUAUUUCCGAUUCAACGCAGAUGAAGGAGCCGAGUAUGACCAGGUCAUUCGAAUUGACCUCUCCACACUGGAGCCUUAUAUCAACGGCCCCUUCACUCCUGACCUGGCAAUCCCUCUCUCCAAGUUCAAGGAGACUGUCAAGGACCAGCAGUGGCCCGAGAAGCUCUCCGCCGGCCUGAUUGGCAGCUGCACUAACAGCUCGUACGAGGAUAUGACUCGUGUCGAGAGCUUAUUGAAGCAGGCUGCCGCUGCCGGUCUCAAGCCCUCCGCCGACUUCUACAUCACACCUGGAAGCGAGCAGAUCCGCGCCACCCUCGAACGUGACGGAACCCUCGAGACGUUCGAGGGCGCCGGCGGAAUCGUCCUCUCUAACGCCUGCGGCCCCUGCAUCGGCCAGUGGAAGCGCAAGGACGGCGUCGAGAAGGGCACCCCCAACGCCAUCCUGACCUCGUACAACCGCAACUUCCGCGGCCGCAACGACGGCAACCCCGACACCAUGAACUUCCUCGCCUCGCCCGAGAUCGUCACGGCCAUGGCCUUUGCCGGCUCAACCACCUUCAACCCCAUGACGGACGUGAUCAAGACCCCAGACGGCAAGGACUUCAGGUUCUCCGCCCCCCACGGCCUCGAGGGGCCUUCGACUCCCUUCGAGCCCGGGAGCGAGUCCCUUCGCGUCCUCUCCCAGGAUGCAGACGCCAACACCCAGGUCGCCAUCUCCCCCACCUCUGAGCGCCUCGCCUUCCUCGACCCCUUCCCCCCCUUCCCAGGAUCCGACCUCUCCGGCCUCCGCGUCCUCGUCAAGAUCACGGGCAAGUGCACCACCGACACCAUCUCCGCGGCUGGGCCCUGGCUCAAGUACAAGGGCCACCUCCCCAACAUCAGCACAAACACCCUCAACACCGCCGUCAACGCCGAGACGGGCGAGGUCAACGCCGCCUACGACCUCGACGGCUCCAGGCACACCAUCCCCGACCUCGGCCAGCUCUGGAAGGACCGGGGGCAGGAGUGGCUCGUCGUCGCCGAGCACAACUACGGCGAGGGUUCCGCCCGCGAGCACGCCGCCCUCCAGCCCCGCUACCUCGGCGCGCGCAUCGUCCUCGUCAAGUCGUUUGCGCGCAUCCACGAGACCAACCUCAAGAAGCAGGGUGUCGUGCCCCUCACCUUCGAGAACGAGGCCGACUUUGACCGCAUCGCCGCGGGGGACCAGGUCGCUACGGUCGGCCUUUAUGAGAUGCUCCAGAACGGCGGCAAGGGCACCGUCCAGGUCAAGGUCACCAAGAACUCGGGCGAGGAGAUCCUCAUCCCCACCAAGCACGCCGUCACCAAGGACCAGGCCGGCUUCAUCCUGGCCGGCAGCGCCCUGAACCUGCUGUCCAAGGGCUUGUAG